UGGAACAAAAUGUAGGACUCUCAGCUCCUCCAGUACUCAGAUGCUGCCAGGCUUCCUGCCUUGAUGAUAAUGACCUGAACCUCUGAACCUGCAAGUCAGCCCCAAAUAAAUGCUAGUUAUAAGAGCUGCCUUGUUCAUGGUGUCUCUUCACAGUAAUGGAAACCCUCACUAAGACAAUUACUUAGUAUAUAAAAUUAGUAUCACUUAGAAAUAUAUGUGGAAAUAUAAAAACUAACAUUUCAAAGAGUUAAAGCUGUCUCUGAAAGCAGGACUAAGGGGGACAGUGUUCUUGGAGAGGGUUUUGUACUACUGGAUUUCUAAAAUUAUGCACACAUUAGUAGCAUAAAUACUUAUAAAAUAAACCCACCCAUCCAAAGAUUUAGGGGGUCAAACUUGUUACAGCUGGUUUCCCCAAGUUUUUCUUUACAUAUUUCAGUUUUAAGUGGUGUAUAUUUUUUAUCUAGUAAAAUUUGUUUUUCUCUAAAAUAUGAAUUUAUCCUAGCGGAACUUAUUAACUAGUCUUAUUUACUUCUCCAAAUCAGCUUUAAGUACUCUUAAAUCAGUUAUUUGUAUGGGUUGUUCCUACACGAUCUAUCCACCAGGCAACAGCUGAUUUCUGAGACUUCUGAGACAAAACAACCAAGAAUAAGCGGGGCUCCAGGCAGUUCCCGUAAACUUGAAGGCUCAUGCGGAGAUUAACGUCACUUCCCGGGUCAGUCAAACGCUAUGGCCACUAACGCGGAGCAGAGGCGGCGGCCGGGAGUUGGGGUCGGCGUGGUGGUGUUGAGCUGCGAGCAUCCUCGUUGCGUCCUUCUGGGGAAAAGGAAAGGGUCGUUUGGAGCCGGCAGUUUCCAGCUUCCUGGGGGCCACUUGGAAUUUGGUGAGACCUGGGAAGAAUGCGCUCAGAGGGAAACCUGGGAAGAGGCUGGGCUUCGCCUGAAAAAUGUUGGGAGUGGGUUCCCUGGGAAGAGUUUCCUCCCUUGGACCAGCUUUUCUGGGCUCUCCGUUGUCUAAAAGAGCAAGGCUAUGAUCCAUUUAAAGAGGACCUGAAUCACCUGGAAGGGUACAGAGGAAAGCACCUUGAAAAGACACCAAAGAUUCCUUGAUUUAAAAAAAAAAAAAACUUCAGUAAAUGAAAAAUUCUGUGUUUCAGGACAACUCAAUUUUAUCCAGAGCUGUGUGGUCACUGGUCUAUUUGCAGUCUCAGGAGAACUUGUAAUUCAAAAACCUUAAGAACCUCUUCCCUGGGAGUCACUGGGUUGUCUUGAGACAUAAAAUAAGAUGUGUAGGGAGCUUGUGGUUCAUUUUCCGCAUUACUGUGUAGUUACCAUUGUCAGCUGCAUGGAGGUGAACACAACAGAUUGCCUUGCUCUAGUGCAAAUAGAGGUCGGAACUCAAAUAUGGCCAUUCAAGUUCAAAAGCAUUGUGCCAGCAGCAAAAUUCAUCAUGCUUGACGGUUUUCCUUUUCACUUCUAGUCACUUGAAUAGAAUUUUUAAAUGACAAUUCAUGUAGCUAGAGAGCUUAAGAAAAGCAGUAGGCUGUAACCCUCUGCUAUCUGAGAGAAUCCAUGGUAAAUGUGAGACUAAGCUGUGGAUCCCACUAACGGCCAGGUCCUCUGCGUCUCCCUUUCUGAGCCUAAGAUUGGGGUCUUUGCCUGUUGGGAUUAUACAGGGUAGUGCUGUGGAGGAUUUCUUAGAGGUCAAGAGCUUUCCAGAGCAUCACAGCCAAAGGCUGGUUGGCUGCUCUCCAUCCCCCACCCCCACCCCCAGCCAAUUGUAAGUUUACUGUAAGAGAUUGAGCAGUGAAAUGUCUCACAGAACAGCAUGCGGAACUACAUGUUGUCUGCUGUGAAAGCUGACACAUCAGGCUUAGCUAACGCUAAAGCUUCUAACCAGCCCAUUCAUCCUGAUGUGUCCAGGCUUGGAUUGCGUGUGCCCUCCUCUCUCUGGUCAGGCAUAGCAUAGUUUUCUGGCUGAUGUAGUUUCUGUUACUGGGCAGUCGCUGGCCCUUCUGCUGCACAGGCCCCCACUGUGCUCUUAUGUGAGGCGGUUUUUCACCUCUGCCAUCUCUCUGUCCUGUACAGGUGCCACGUGAACCCUUUCCCCUUUACUUGUGGAUCUUGUUCUUUACCCAGUAUUCGUUUCACAUGGGCUAACUUUUGAUCGGGGCAAUGGAGAUGGUUGGGGAGUACUGGCCACACCUCCUGUGCACAGCCCUAACAUGGUUGAAGAGGUCUGUGCCUGCACAGCCCAGUUAUUUUUAUAAUGGUCAGAUAUUAACUUCUUCACUUAUUCAGUCUCCUGUAUCUCAGGCUGGCUUCCAGCUCUCUUUGUAACCGAGGAUAACCUUGAACUCCCAAUCCUGACUUGACUGCCCUGACGCUGAUUCAAUCUACAUCCCCCUCUCUCUAAGUGGCUGGUGCAUCAUUAGUUUUCUGGUUGCUUUGUUCUGAUACUGGGGGUUAAACUUAGGGCUUUACACAUAAUGGGCAAGUGCAAAGGCAGUAAGGGAAGCCAGCUUCCUUCUGUCGGGUCAGACAUUGAAGAGAUUUGCCAAAAUCUAAAAUGACUUUCUCGCUGAGUACUUUAUAAAAACUAUGUUAACAUGCAUUUGAUUUUUAUUAUAUGGUCAAUAAACUUUCCUGAUCUUAAUUUUCUAGUGUUAAAUAUUAUUUCAUAGGCGCUUAAAAAAUAAAAUCUGAUUUUUAAGGUUUUAUAAAGGCAUCCAAACCUAAGAGGGAGCUGGACGUUUAGCUCAGUGGUAGAUCAUCUGCGAGGUUCAGUUCAGUCCUCAUCUCCAAGUUAAAAACAUUAUGAAGACUAUAGGAAAAAAAUGGCACCCAAAGGGGUCCCGCAUGAGUGCACCAGCCCACAGCUCAUCUUUCUUUAUAAGCUCACUCCUGUGAACUGACAUCUCUAACAUUUGUAGUUUGCUCUUUUAAAAUACUGAAUUGUGAUGUUUGCUAAAUUUUCAACUUUUUUUCAAAGUUAUAAUGUGCUACAAUAAAUCUCAUCUUCUCUUACUUAUACCUA